AUGGCCCUCCUGUCCCUAGGAGUAGGGCCCUCCAUCCUCCUCCUCCUAGGAGGUUUCGCCCUCUACGUCCUGGGCAGCAUACUCUACAACCUCUUCCUCCACCCUCUCCGCUCCUUCCCCGGCCCCCUCCUCAUGCGCGUCACCCGCCUAGGCCACAUCCGCCUCCUGUGUCGCGGCACCCUCCCCUUCGACCUCCUCCCCCUCCACCAAAAGUACGGCCCCGUCGUCCGCAUCGGCCCCAACGAGCUCGCCUUCUCCAACCCCCAGGCCUGGAAGGACAUCAUGGGCCACCGCACCGACAAGUCGGAAGAGCUUGAAAAGUACCUCGGGUUUUACCGCCCGGUGGACGACCUCCCGGUUGACAUUGUGAACGCCAAAAGGGAGGAGCAUGGUCUACUACGAAGAACAAUGGCGCACGGUUUCUCCGAUCGGAGCAUGAGGGAGCAGCAGCCGUUGAUCAAGCAGUAUGUUGAUUUGUUGAUGAGAAAGCUCAGAGCGGCCGGGGGAAAAAAGGUGGAUUUGGCGGCGUGGUAUAACUAUACUACUUUUGAUGUGAUCGGGGAUUUGGCGUUUGGGGAGAGUUUUGGGUGUUUAGAGGGCGGGGAGUAUCACCCGUGGGUCAAGGCGAUUUUCGAGCUGGCGAGGGUGGGGGUUGUUUUUCAGAGCCUGGUUCAUUACCCGUGGGUGUUCAAGGCGCUGAUGGCAGUGGUGCCCAAGAGCUUGAUGGAGGAACGGGAGAGGCACUAUCAGAUGACGUUGGUGAAGUUGAAGAAACGGAUGGAGGGGGGGAAGGAGAGGAGUGAUUUGAUUGAGGGGUUGUUGAAGAAGGCGGAUGAGUGGGGUCUUACGCUUCAGAAACUGCAGGCCAACAGUGCGAUUCUCAUUAUUGGUGGCUCCGAGACGACAGCGACGCUCCUUUCGGGGGUUACUUUCUUGCUGAUGACGAACCCUGACGCGUUGGAGAAACUCACGGCCGAGGUCAGAGGUGCUUUCAAGUCCGAGGACGAGAUUGACUUUAUGAGUGUCAGCAACCUCCCCUAUCUGCUCGCCUGCCUGGACGAGGCGCUCAGGAUGUAUCCUCCUGUUCCGACUGGGCUGCCCAGAGUUGUUCCCCCAGCGGGAGCUAGCAUCGCUGGACACUAUGUCCCCGGUGGUACGGUCGUGGCCGUCCAUCAGUGGGCCAUGUAUCACAACGAGGAGCACUUCAAGAAGCCUUUCGAAUUCCACCCUGAGAGAUGGCUUGGCGACCCAGAAUUCGCGAGCGAUCACAAGGAAGCCUUUCAACCUUUCCACUUGGGUCCCCGGAACUGCUUGGGAAGGAACCUGGCAUACAUCGAAAUGCGUUUGAUUCUUGCCCGCGUACUUUGGAACUUUGACUUGAAGAUGGAUGAGGACAGCGCCGACUGGAUGAGCAAGCAGCGGAUUUUCAACCUGUGGGAGAAGGGGGCGCUGAAUGCUUACUUGACGCCUGUGCAGAGGUAG